UGAAAAAUUUCAAAUGAUAUACUUAUAUAGAUAUCCACUGAAAAGCCAAAACUUUCCCAAGAAAAUGGACGAGAAAAGAAAAUCCCAUCACAAAAUGACAAGAAUAUUGACGUAAGAUGAUGGUCAUGGUGGAGCUAGCUCGUUUGCCUCUGAAAUCUGUUUAAAAAAUUUCUUUUUACACACACACACAUAUAUAUGUGUGUGUAAUACAAUGGCAUGAAGAAGAAGAUACAAUACCCAAACUGACGAGAAAACGGGAAAGUGUUUAUGCUGCUUUUGAUUUGAGUUUUCUCCCAAAGGUCGACACUCAAUCUCUUGCUUGAAGCUUUUUCCAAAUUGAAACGAAGAUCCAUAAGAAGAUAUAACCACAAAAAAGAGCUCUUUUUUUUUACUCUUAACUUGGCUUAGCUUCAACAAAUUAAUACGAUUCCCUCCUUGAGUUGAAUUGAAAGAAAAGAGCUUGGUCAAGGAGUUUUUUGUCUUGAAUUUGAUUGAACUUCGUUAUUGAAGAGGUGUGAAUUUGAACAUGGGAGAUCAUUUUGUGUUGCUGGUGGAUCGGUUGCUGACAGAAUCCACUCUGGAAGCUGCAAUUGAGAGCAGAAAUCGGUCUCUCGAGGCGGCGAAAUCAACAGUUGAUGACUCAGAACUUGAGAAUUCUCCCAAGAAGAUUGAGUUCGGGGAUAUAUUAACUCCAAGGAAACUGGUGGAGUGCAGGAUUUGCCAAGAUGAAGAUGAUGAUUCAAAUAUGGAAACACCUUGCUCUUGUUGUGGCAGCUUGAAGUAUGCUCAUCGCAGAUGUGUGCAGAGAUGGUGCAAUGAGAAGGGAGACACAACAUGUGAGAUAUGCCACCAGCAAUUCAAGCCUGGUUACACAGCUCCACCUCCCCUUUUCCAGUUUGGGCACAUUCCAUUGAACUUCAGGGGCAACUGGGAAAUCUCCAGGAGGGAGUUGAAUAAUCCUCGAAUCAUUGCAAUGGUCUCCACUGACAGGAAUUUCUUGCAUUCGCCAACCUAUGAUAACUAUUCAGCUUCGGCUACACGAAGCUUGAUGUGCUGUCGUUCAAUUGCUCUAAUCUUCAUGAUUCUUCUAAUUUUAAGGCAUACUCUUCCCCUCAUACUUGAUGGAGUCAAUGAAUUUACCUUCCCAUUGUUCUUGAUUUUGUUUCUCCGAACCGUAGGAAUUGUUCUUCCAAUCUAUGUCAUGGUAAAAGCAGUAACUGCUUUUCAGCACCAUCGCCAUCAACCGGAGCGUCCAAGUUCAUUGUCGAACGAAGAAACUCAGCAUUCGACGACUCUUGAGCCACAUGCUCAGAUCCUUCAUGCCAUCUAAGUAACCGAUGAAUCAUUAUAGGCUUGUGAUCAGCAGCAUCCACAGUUGCAUUGUGACUGCAGAAUUGUGGAGGGGAUUUUAGCUUUGCAAAGAAAAGGAUUGUAGGGGUCAGAAAAAAAUCAUGCCAUUGUACAUAGAAAAAUUAUACUAUGAAGACCUAAAAAACAAGCAAAAUCAAAAGAUGAAGUGUAAAUUUCUAAAUGGGAUUGUGUAAUUGUUUGGCAACUGGGAAAAAGAAACCAAAAAGAAUAAAUAAAUAUAUACAAAUUAAUGGAGAAAAGGAUGCCGUUUUAGUUGGCUUAUCUCAUUA